GCUAGGGAGAAGGAAGCGUCGGCGCUCGCGGAGCGUGGGCACAGGGUGCUGGCGCAGGUCGCCGCCGCGCGCGGCCUGCCUAUCCCGGCGUGCCGAUCCCGGCCGUCCGCGGAGGCGGCCCGCUCUCCCCGAUGCCCUCCCGCAGGAGGAGCCCGCUUUACGCAACAAUAACGGGAAAGCUCGCCCGCAGCCCGUGCGCGCCAGCCAUACUCGCUGCGUGCGCCCGCACAGCUGCCUCGCGCCUGAGGUGUCUUAAUUUUUUUGUCCUCUGGGUGGCCGACUGACCACCUUUCCGCCUUCACAGGACUGGGAACUAGUUACCUCCUGCGACUUGGGCUGGAAGUUACGGUAGUUUUCGAUAGCGAAAGGGUUGGAUGUUUCUUAAAAUUCCUCGAAAAACGCUUCUUGCUUCUGCGCGGCCGCUCGGAGGCUGAAGUGCGUUCCAGGUCGGAUCCCCCCGUAACCCGCGCCAUGGCUACGGAAGGCACUGCUGCUGGAGUGAUGAUGGACGUCAAUACUGCUUUGCAAGAGGUGCUGAAGACCGCCCUGGUCCACAACGGCCUAGCACGAGGAAUUCAUGAAGCUGCCAAAGCGCUAGGCAAGCACCAAGCCCAUCUCUGUGUGCUCGCGUCCAAUUGUGAUAAACCUACGUACAUCAAGUUGGUGGAAACCCUUUGUGCUGAGCACCGAAUCAACCUAAUUAAGGUUGAUGACAACAAGAAACUAGGAGAAUGGGUAGGCCUCUGUAAAAUCGAUCGGAAGGGGAAACCCCGCAAAGUGAUAGGUUGCAGCUGCGUGGUGGUUAAGGACUAUGGCGAAGAAUCUCAAGCUAAAGAUGUUAUUGAAGAGUACUUCAAAUGCAAGAAAUGAACAACAAAAUUGGCUUAUUUUCUUUUUAAGUUCCUAGAAACGUAGAAAAGGAGAAUUAUCUCAAACUCCUGAGUUAUCGCCGGAAAUAACAGCACUUCUUAGGUUUUCUUCCAAACAUAAACUUUGCAUUUAUUUAUUUA